AUGGCUUCUCAAAAUCAUGUCCUUCUGUUUCCAAAUGAACAAACCGAUCUACUCGGAACAUUGCACAAAUUGAGUGUACGAUCCAGGACACAACCUAAGCUCCGAACCUUCCUCACUGAAGCGGCAGCAGCUAUUCGUAGACAUGUUGAGGGUUUGAAUAUUGACGAACGUCAGAGGAUUGGUGAGUUCGAGGACGUCGUGGAACUCGCUGAACGACAUGUCACCCAAGAGGUGCCAAGUGUCAUCGUUGAAUUGGUUCUGUUUACAACAGCUCAGAUUGGUGACCUAUUAGUGCUAGCAGAAGAUCAACCAUCAAUACUGUCAGCCGGGGACGGGGAGAAAUCAGUUCCCAUUGGAUUCGGGUUUGGAUUACUGGCAGCAACUGUUGCUGUUACAGCCAGGAAUGUCGACAACAUCGUCUCAUUGGGCCUGGAAGCUGUUGUUGUCGGCUUCCAUCUUGCUGUUGAGUUGCAACGAAUAGGAAAAGAUAUCGAAGAUUCCAAUGGCACAUGGGCCCGUGAAAUCCCCAACUUCACUGAGGAAUUAGAACAACAACUCGAAACUUUCAACAGCACAAGACCGCCGCUCCACCGAGCUUAUAUUGGCCAAACCACACCAGUUGACGCUGUCGUGUUUGGACCGCCAUCAACACUAGAUGCACUUGCACAAACUUCGGGUUUUACCCACAUGACGUUGGCUUCGGCACCACUCAGAUGUCCUAUGUACGGCUCACAUCUUCCGUCAGUGGAUGUUGCACAUAUCCUUGGAGAGUCCUCAUCAUUGAACAAUCAUAUUGUUCAACGACAGUUGUACUCCGCACACUCUUCAACUGCCUAUCAAUCAGGGGGAUCGCUUAGCGAGCUUUGGGGCCGCACCAUUGCCGAGAUCGCCCACAAGCCAAUCAACAUCGAGGAGACGGCCCAGGCCGUAGCGGAGACGCUAAAGGAGACCCACAGCUCCAACGUUAUCCUCACAACAAUCGGCUCGACUUGGGAUUCAUCCGUCGUGCAACACAUUUUCCAGCAGUAUGGUCAAGUGGUAACCAUUAAUGAGCCCACACCAUGUCCAAUGCCGUGGGGCGACGAUGUCUCCAGCAUCUCACCAGAUGCAAUCGCGGUUGUUGGCAUGUCUGGACGUUUCCCUGACAGCGACACUCUGGAUGAGCUGUGGCGCUUGUUGGAGAGCGGUACAACGACACACCAGGAGAUUCCAUCCUCGCGCUUCAAUAUAGAUGACUUCUAUGAUCCUUCCCGAGAGACGCACAAUGCUCUACUCACCCGAUUCGGGUGUUUCCUCAAGAACCCCGGAGACUUUGAUCAUCGUUUGUUCAACAUCUCGCCUCGCGAGGCUUUGCAAAUGGACCCAGUUCAGCGUAUACUGUUAAUGACAACAUAUGAAGCUCUAGAGAUGGCCGGAUACUCACCAUCUUCCGCCAAAGGCCAACAGAGUCCACCAAGAAUUGCCACCUACUUCGGUCAGACGGUGGAUGAUUGGAAGACCAUCAAUGAGCAACAAGGCAUCGAUACGCAUUACCUCCCGGGAGUUAAUCGUAGCUUUGCUCCUGGACGUUUGGCUCAUUACUUCCAAUGGGCCGGUGGCUUUUAUAGCAUCGAUACUGGAUGCUCUUCCAGUGCUACUGGGCUUUGUCUCGCACGCGAUGCUCUUGCUUCAGGCCAAUGCGAUGCGGCAGUUGUUGGUGGUGGCACGCUGCUCAAUGCACCUGAAUGGUUCGCCGGUCUGAGCCAGGGUGGAUUCCUCUCACCAACUGGGGCAUGCAAAACAUACUCUGAUAGUGCUGAUGGAUAUUGCCGUGGUGAGGGUGUAGGUGUUGUCAUUUUGAAGCGCCUAUCAGAUGCUGUGCGCUCAAAGGACAACGUUCUCGCCGUCCUCGCAGGUGCAGCGCGUAACUGCAAUGCUGGUGCUGGGUCGAUUACAUAUCCUGGAGAAAAAGCUCAAGAGACACUGUACCGAAAGGUACUACGACAAGCAGGAAUACGACCACACGACGUUGGCUACGUUGAGAUGCAUGGUACCGGCACCCAGGCUGGCGACAAAGUUGAGACGGCUGCUGUGCAAAAGGUGUUUGCAAGACCCACUCCACUCGAGCCUCGCAGGGCUCAAGCACUCAUAAUUGGGGCUGUGAAAGCAAAUCUUGGCCACAGUGAGGCUGCAGCAGGAAUCAUUUCGAUGAUCAAAGCAGUUCUUGUUCUUCAACGCAAUAUGAUCCCCCCUCAGCCUAAUCAACCUCUUUCACUCAAUCCACAUGUCAAGCCAAUAUUGGACAGUGGUGAUGUGCAGCUCGCCAGUGGACAGGCUUGGAAACGCAACGGAACGACUCCUCGCUAUCUUGUCACUAAUAACUUCGACGCCAGUGGUGGAAACAUUUCUUUCGUGGUUCAUGAUACACCGUCCUUCGCGUUGCCUCCGCCAUCGACGCCCGAUGAACGAGCACAUCACGUUGUAGUCACAUCUGGCCGAACUCUAUCAGCACAUGAUGCGAACAAGUCCCGUCUCCGCAAGUACUUGUUACAGCAUCCAGAAACUCAGUUAGCCGAUUUGGCUUACACUACUACUGCUCGGCGCAUGCAUCAGGUCCACCGAGCGGCCUACGUUACAAGUUCAACCGCAGAUCUCCUGAAACAGCUUGAGAAGCCAACUCUCGAGUUAGCGCCAGAGCAAGCAAAGUCGGUUGUCUUCGCCUUCACAGGCCAGGGUGCUCAGCAUAUGGGCAUGGGCGGUAUGCUGUAUCGCACUUCGGCUACCUUCAAGCGCCUUCUUGACUCUUACCAGAACCUUUGUGACGCUCAAGGGUUGGAAUGUCAGUUCAUCGACGCGAUCCGUGAGACAGAACAAUCUAUCACUGUGGAUGCCACAACCGCCGGUGUCAUCUUGCAAGUCGCAACUGUUGCGCUCGAGAUUUCCCUGACUAAGUACUGGCAGUCACUUGGUAUCCAACCAACAUUACUCAUCGGGCACAGUCUCGGUGAGUAUGCAGCACUCUGCAUUGCGGGUGUGCUUUCAGUAGGCGAUGCGCUCGCUUUGGUAUACGAGCGCGCAACGCUUAUUGCCAAGCAUUGUUCACCAUCCGACUCCACAAUGUUAGCUGUCUCUCUUCCAGCCAGCACUGUUCAAUGGCGCUUGAGAGAUUCUGCAGCAACUGCAGGAUGCGAAAUUUCAUGCUACAACGGCCCAUCAAGUACCGUCGUUGGCGGUUCUGUUCCCGCUAUUGAGGCUCUUGAGAGUUACUUAAAUUCGGAGGGACAUUCAACAGCUACUCGCUUACGCGUUCAAUAUGCAUUCCACACCCGUCAAAUGGAUCCUAUGCUAGAUGAUCUCGAGAAGUGCGCAUCUCAGGUCAAAUUUCACCCACCAACUCUUCCAGUAGCAUCUACGUUGCUUGGCAGAAUUGUCAAGCCUGGUGAGGAUGGAGUUUUCAGCGCAAAUUACCUCCGCAGACACACUCGGGAACCCGUCGCUUUCGUGGAAGCAAUUCGAGCCUGUGAACGUGAAGGGCUGAUUGAUAACCAAUCUCUGGUCCUCGAGUGUGGACCACAUUCAGUAUGUAUCGGUCUCAUGGCUUCUUCACUUCAAGAGGCAAAACCAAGCAGCUACCCAAGCUUGCGUCGUAGACGCGAUGACUGGGAGUCUAUCUCUCAGUGUCUCGCUGCUGCCCAUCGUGCACAGCUGUCCGUUUCAUGGGCAGACUUCCACAGAGACCAUUUCGAUCAUCUCCGCUUGAUCAGUGAUCUGCCAACAUACGCAUUUGAUCUCAAAAGCUUUUGGUUCUCUUACGAUACUAAAAGGGCACCUAACAAGACGCCUAAUGUUAUCCAGAGUGCUUCGCAGUCUGGGGUUACUCGACUCUCUUCCGCAUCCUUAAAUUCAGUCAGGCAAAUACGGAAAGAAGGAUCUCACAUUCUCGCAACUUUCGCCGCGGACCUAUCUGAUCCUCAUCUCGCACGAGCCAUCGGUGGUCAUGUUGUUGAUGGAGUCGCCAUCUGCCCUGCGAGCGUCUUCAUUGAUAUGGCAUAUACUGCGGCCGCGUACCUCGAGAAGGAGAGCAGCAAUAUCUCCAACACGAAUUUGGCCACAUAUGACCUCACCAAUUUGAGUAUGCGCAAUCCGUUGGUUCUCCGCGGAAGUGAUAAUGAUCCAACACUCGCUUUGGUAGAAGGUGACCUGGAUCAAUCAACAGCCAUGGUUUCGAUCCGGUUCUUGUCUGCAGAAAAGGGAGCCGCUUCCUCGAGCGAAUAUGGCUCCUGCUCCAUCCGCCUGGGCCAACCUAUUGAGACAUGCAUUCGAGACUGGUCGCGAAUACAGCCGCUUGUGAAGUCUCGCUUAAGCGCCCUCGUGUCAUCGUCACCCAAAGAAGUCCAUAGGAUGAACAAAGCUUUGUUCUACAAACUCUUCUCCGAGAUAGUUGACUACUCAGGUCAAUUCCACGGUGUAGACGAAGCUACUUUGGCGAUGGACUUUCACGAUGCUUUCAUUGUUCUUCAAGUGGAUCUGAAUAAGGAGCUCGGCACAUUCACUUGUAACCCAUUCGCCGUUGAUACCAUUGUCCACGUCGCCGGUUUCCUACUCAACGCGGACGUACGAAAGCCUAAGAGUGAAAUUCAUAUUGCCAAUCACAUCGGAUCUUUGCGUGUUCUAGAUGACCUAUCAAGGGGGCCGUACCGUGCUUAUGCCAUGAUUCGGGAGCAAGAUACUAAGACUGGUACAAGCUUGUGCGAUGUGUAUGUCACCGAUAGCAACGACAAACUCGCCACUGUCUGCACAGAUAUAUGCUUCAAGAAACUCGAACGAGACUCCUUUGCAUUGCUUACAGGGUCAGCUCGUGCGCUGCCACCAAAGCGUCAAUCAAAGGCCAGUCCAAGGCGCGAGUGGCAGCAUGCGAAGAGCUCUGGUUCAAGCGACUCUCCAUCAACGCCAGCAUCUGAACCUUCUUAUGCAUCGUCAAGCAGUAGCAUAUCAGUCGUAGUAAAUCUCUCCGCGGAGUUGUUUGAUAUAAUUGCGGCCCGCAGCGGCGUCAGCGUGGCUGAAUUGACAAGCUCAACCAACAUGACUUUCUCGGAACUUGGUGUCGAUUCUCAAAUGAGCAUUGCCAUUCUAGCUGACUUUCAGAAAGCUACCUCUGUUGAGCUUCCCGCUGCGUUCUUCACCAAUUUUCCAACUCCCGCCGCCGUGGAGAAGGAACUAGGGAGUCAAGAAGUAGAAGAUAAAACUGAGAGUGAGCGAACAACCAAGCCAGAUUCUGUUUCCACACCCAAGCGUAAGAGUAGAACUAGAACGCAGAGUCAAGCAAAGCCGCAUCCAAGCGAGGCGCUCUUCAAUCUCAUUGCCGAUGCACUAGGUCUGAAUGCUAGUGAUCUCACGCCAUCCACCACGUUCGAAUCUAUUGGCAUGGAUUCUAUGCUCAGCAUUAAGAUUCUUUCUCAAUUCCAGAACGACACCGAUAUCGAGCUUCCUGCUGCUUUCUUUACCGAGAACAAGACGGUAGCGGCUGUUAAAAAGGAAUUGGAUGAGCCAGCAGGUGAAGAGGUACCGCAAAGGCCUUCUCUUGCAAAGGAGCCAAAUCUUGCUGUAGCUCCAUCAGCACCCACAUCCGCUCGUCAACAGAAGAUCGAUACCGCCUUGUCUAGAGCAGUCUUGAUCCAAGGCCAAUCCAAGUCCCGCUCCGCCCCCCUAUUCCUCACAACCGAUGGCUCCGGCACCGUAGAAUCCUACAUCCACCUCUCGGCCCUCCCAGCCGGCCGCCGGAUCUACGCCCUCGAAUCCCCCUUCCUCGGCAACCCCUCCGCCUUCGACCUCUCCAUCGUCGAAAUGGCAACCAUCUUCCUGCGUACAAUCCGCCGCAUCCAGCCCCACGGCCCCUACCUCAUCGGUGGUUGGUCCGCGGGGUCCAUCUACGCGUAUGAAGUCGCGCACAGUCUUACCCGUCAGGGCGAAGAGAUCGCCGCGCUUGUUAUACUGGAUAUGCGUGCGCCGAGCUUGAGCCCGCCGAGCUUGAGCGCGACGAGUAUCGUGACGACUUAUUUCGUGGAUAGACUUGACACAUUCGAGGGUAUAAACCGCGCGAGAGACCUCCCUGAAGAUUUAUCUGUGCAAGAGAGGGAUCAUCUCAUGGCAACAUGUCGCGCUUUAUUUGCGUACAACGCCCCUCCCUUCCCCAUCGAUCGUCGACCCCACCACGUCGCUGUCGUCUGGGCAAAACUAGGUCUCGACAACCGACCUGAUGCGCCGAUCGCCGCCAUGGGACGUCCUGGUCAGGAUAUCGGGAAGAGGAUGGAUGAGAUGAGUCUUGAUGAGUUGGAAAGGUAUUUCAAUUUGUGGUUUUAUGGGAGACGGGAGAUGUUUGGGAUGAAUGGGUGGGAGGAUUUCGUGGGGGAAAAUAUCGAUGUGGUGGUUGUUGAUGGUGAUCAUUUCUCGAUGAUGUGUCCGCCUUAUGCGAGGGAGGUUGGGAGUGUGGUUGUGAAGACUGUUGAAAAAGCAGUUGCGGAUGGGACGGUUUAG